CACAAGAGCGUCUUCUGUCUCAUUGGGGGGCUGCGCUAGUCAGAAAAGCACACCUGGAUGAAUAAGAGCUGCAGCAUGAGCGCGCUGUGGGAGCCAGUGGCGCCUUUGCCAUUCACCUCAGAAAGCUCCUGGGUCAGGACUGUCCUGAGCACAAUGUCUUCUGCUCUCCUGUGAGCACCUCCUCGGCCUUGGCCAUGGUCCUGCUGGGAGCCAAGGGCAGCACAGUAGCCCAGAUGGUCCAGGCGCUGGGGCUGAGCUCAGUGGAGGACCCUCAUGGAGGCUUCCAGUCGCUUCUCCCCCAGGUGCACAGGCCUGGUGCUCCGUACUCCCUCAGCAUCGUCUACAGGCUCUUUUCAGAAGAGAGCUGCGAAUUCCUGCCCUCCUUUCAGGAGUCCUGUCUGCUCUUCUACCAGGCCGAGCUGGAGCCGCUGUCCUUCGCCAAAGCCCCAGAGAGGUCCAGGAACCACAUCAACGCCUGGGUGUCCAGGAAGACUGAAGGCAAAAUUUCAGAGCUGUUGGCAAAGAACUCCACUGAUGAGGAGAGCAGGCUGGUUCUCAUUAACGCUGUGUACUUUAAAGGAAAGGGGGGCAAGCAGGUUGACAAGUCCUGCACGCGGAAAAUGCCUUUUAAGGUAAACCAGGUGGAAAAGAGCCUCACUUCUGAGAAACUGCAAACCUGGACCAGUCCAGAGCAGAUGGAGAGGACCAAAGUGGAAGUUUUCCUGAGGAGGUUCAAGCUGCAGGAGGAAUAUGACAUGGGCGCCUUGCUGCAGGCCCUGAGAGUAGUGGAUGCCUUUCAGCCGGGGAAGGCCGACCUGUCCGGGACAGUGGUGGACAGUGAGCUGUGUCUGUCCAAGUUCCUGCACAGGAGUGUGGUGGAGGUCAACGUGGAGGGCAUGGAGGCUGCCGCAGCGAGAGCAGUAAUGGUGAUUCCCGGGUGCUGUCUGAAAUCUCUGCCUGUGUUCUGUGCUGACCACCCCUUCCUGUUCUUCAUCAGACACAAUGCGACCCACAGCCUGCUGUUCUGUGGCAGGUUCACAUCUCCGUAAGGGGUGCACCCAUGUGCAUGCAAGCAGUUCCUUCUGGGUCCCCAAAUCCCAGCCCAAACUCCUCAAAGCAGUAAAAUCUAAGUGUGGUCUGGGGCCAAAUGGCACCUGUCUGAAGCAUGGGUCAGCACUGUCACACAGCACACAAGCUGGGCUCCUCCAGCACUGAACACUCACUUGUGCCACUCCACCAAGAUCUUGGGACUGCAGACCUUGGUGCUGAAGGUGGGCUGCAGAGCACCCCAGAGCGGAGCCCUGGGUUAUCUCUGUGACAGGCUCAGGUGCAGAAGGCUGAUGAAUUCAAAUUUAAGCUUGCUAUUGGUGGUAGUGAAGUUGUGAUGGGAGGUCACAGCUAUGGGGCUGGCAUCUCUGUGGGAGUCGGGGCAUCUCACCCUGUUUUGGGGGCCGGCUGUGGCACAUCAGGGGAAGUGGCAGGGUGACCCAGUGCGUCUCCAGGAAGCCCUGCUGCUUCACAGCAGCAAACUGGGGUUGCUGGAGGCUGAGGAUUUCAACAAGACCAGGCUCCCUCCCUUCCUGACCUCAGCUGUCCCCCUCCCCCUCCGCAGGCCACAGCAGCAGGUCCAUAGGCAGGAGCAGGACAGGGCGCCAAGGCCUGCAGAAGAGCCACUGGAGAGAGCCAGGGUGCUCACCCAGGCAAAGUGUCCCCUCUGCGGGGAGGGCAGUGGGGCAAAGGAGACCAAGGACACAGGAUGCAAGGAGCUGAGGCCAGCAGGCAGCAUGCCUCUCUUCUCUCAGGGAAAGGGCGAGGUCAGGGCUUCUGACUCUCCUAGCCUCUUGAUUCAGCCCUUAGGAUCCACAGUCUGGCUGGACCAGGUGGCCUGGGAUUUGCACCUCUGGCUGUCUGAGGGGUACGCUGAACUCUUCCAUACACACACAGCCUCUGCUCAGUGUUCCUGAGCCCCUAGGCUGGGAAUGUGGGCUGCAGACCUCAGCCCAUUUAGAUGCAGAGGGAAGUGCAGGCUGAUGGACUUGAGCUUGGCAUGGAGACCCUGGGUCAAGUGACUCAGCCUGGAGGGGCCACCCUGACCUUCCCUGGCUGGCAGUGGAGCCUGAGCAGCACAGAGCACACACAGAAUGAGCACACUGCACAUUGUUCUGAAAACACAGCCAAAAGGUCUAUGUUCACUGAACACAAACACGGUCACACACAAACUCACACCACGCUGAAUAUAUAGCACAUCCCAACUAGGACAGCUGGAAAUAAAGAACACAAUG